AUGCCUCACGUACAGCGACACCAUGGGACUGGGAUCACAGCUGUCGUCGUAGGCGGCGGGGUUGGUGGAAUCAUGACUGCGUUGGAGUGCUGGCGAAAGGGCAUCCAAGUGCGCAUCUUUGAACGCAGUUUGAAGCCGGAAACUGAAGGAGACUUCUUCUCCAUCGGCCCGAGCGCAUGCAAAGCAUUCGAACAUUGGCCAGUCGCCAAGGAAGAGCACGAGGCCACGUCCUACGAUUUCUGCCUCUCCUACCACAAACAGAAUGGCGAGCACAUUUAUGGCCCCGUGCCGUUGGCGGUCACGACGACAAACGAGGCUGGCGAAACCACCACCAACACAAUCCGUGUCCACCGCCAUCUCCGUUCCAAGUUUCAAAAGGUCCUCUUGAAGCAGUUGACUGAGAUUGGAGUUGCCAUUGAAUACAACCAUCGAGCCGUCAAGUACGACGAAACCAACGACAAGGCGAUUGUCGAGUUCGAAAACGGCGUUCGAGUAGAGGCCGACUUGGUCGUCGCGGCUGACGGAGUAGGCACCAAAUCGUUUGAAGUGGUCACGCGCAAGGAAGUGCGCGCGCGAAGCAGCGGAUAUGCCAUCUAUCGCACUGCUUACCCGGUAGAGUUUGCUACGGCAGACCCAGAAGUCGAUAGCAAAUUUCCUCUCCUCCCUAGUGGACAGUCAUACGCCCAGAUGUGGGUGGGGCCGGACAUGCACAUGUUUAUCUCCCGGACUGAAGACAUAUUUUCAUGGUCCUUGACUCACAAGGAGACAUCGGCAGACUCGGCCGAGACCUGGUACGGGACUCACUCCAAAUGCACCCCAGCGGACGUGGUCCAGUUCCUUGAAAAGACCUUGGGUUCCUGUCCCGACAUUCUUCGAAAGGUUUUCAAUACCACCCCCGAAGAUCACCUGGUGGACUGGAAAAUCCUGUGGCGUGAUCCUCAACCGCUGUGGACUUCUCGCAAAGGUCGAGUGGUCCAGCUCGGGGAUGCCGCCCAUACCUUCGUCCCCAGUUCGGGUAACGGGGCCACCCAGGCCAUUGAGGAUGCUAUGUCCCUGGCCAGCUGUUUGGAGAUCGGGGGAAAGAGUAACGUCCCUAUGGCUCUUCGUGUUCACAACCUUCUCAGGAACCAGGCGCAUCGCCAUCACACCAAUUGGGGCCUUGUUGCGCAGAAUCCACAGGCGAUCAAAGAGUCAUAUGACCGCUGGCUGUGGGCACAUGACGCGGAGCAGUACGCAUACGAGAAUUAUGGGAAGGCUUUACAGCACCUGAUCACGGGCGCGCCGUUCAAGAACACCAAUGCUGCGCCGGGGUAUGUCUAUAGAGCGUGGAAUAUUGACGAGCUCCUGGCUAAGCAAGAAGCCGGGAUUCCGAUCGAGGUGUAA